AUGGCAGAGAUUCAAGCCAAGCUACAGUCCCUUUCUGAAGAGUACCAAAAGCUCCAGCAGGACCUCCAAAACACAGUGGCUUCACGUCAAAAGCUGGAAGGCCAGAGACAGGAAAACCUUGGUGUGCAAAAGGAAUUCGAAAACAUUGGCGAGGAUGAGGUCGUCUACAAGCUUGUAGGGCCUGUCCUGCUCAAGCAAGAGACUUUUGAGGCAGAGAGCACCGUCAAGGGCCGACUCGAUUUCAUUGGAGGCGAAAUUACAAGAUUAGAAGGCCAGAUUAAGGAGACACAGGAGAAUAUCGAGAAGAAGAAGACUGAGAUUAUCCAGCUCCAGUCCUCAGCCCAGGCGGCCGGUGCA